CCUCCAGGCACGGACAGCGGCCCUGCAGAUCUGCUUGGAGCCGUCCUUGCUGUGUUGUGAAGCCUCGCCUUCUGGCAAGACAGGCUGAAAUUCCAGCCCACGCCCACUUCAGGCCGGCAUUCGGAGAGGCCCUCCUGGGCUUUGUACCCCGACCCUCAGCUCCCUAUGCUAGGGCACUAGCCGGGGGUGCACAGCAUUGUGGGAACCCCAGAGCUGUGCUGAGCAUCCAUGCAGGGAGCCAGGCUUGUCCGGGGAUAAGCAUUAGCGAGGUUCUGCCCUCCUGGAGACAGGAGGUGUCUGUCUAGACAGAGAGGCCCUGGGCCCCCCUGCACAGUUCAGACUCUGGCACCACACAGCUUUGGGGCCCCCACAGUCACUCCCCAGACCUGGUUCCGGGGCUCUUGGGGUGCAGGCUAGCAGUCUGACAAAGUGGGAGCCCUCUGGUUUCAGCCUGCAGUCCCCCAAAGUACAGUUGAGGGGAGUUUUCCAGAAUGAUUCAUCUUAUGUAGACCAUUGUUUUAAAACCACAAGCCAAGCUGUCGCUGGAGACACCCUCUGAGCUUUUAACCUCAUUCUUGGGCUAGAUAAUCUGACAGUUCAGAAAACCACUCCCUGGGAGUCCGAGCUCGAGACAAGUCAUUUAGAAGCAGUGACCACAGUCAAGGUGAGGAGUAGAGAGGAGCGUUUUUCCCUCCUGCACCCUCUGUUGCCUGGAGUAGGAAGUCACUGCACCCUGGCUCACCGGGAUCCAUCCCCAGGCCUCUUCUUCAGACGGCACUGCUGUUCAUCGAGUUAACAUUCCUGAUCUAGACUCUGAGAAGGCCUCUGGGGAUGUCUUGUAUGCUGUGUUAUUUUGCCAGGGCAGCUUGAAUAAUGACCACAGUGAGGUGGGCAAAGCCCAGUGGAAGUGCCCUCCCCCUCGGCAUUGUUGGCCCCCACUGUCCUUAGGGGGGGAUCUCCUUGGAGUGUGGUGCUGUUGGAAAGACCACCAGCUGUCGUGGGGGCUCCAUCUGAGGACUUGGAAGUGCCUUCUCACAUCCCCAGCCAUGUGUGUCCUGGUACAUCAGACCAACGGCUCAGGGGAAUUGGAACUAUUAAUUGUUGUGGUUAACUGUAUUUGGCCUCAGGGUAAGUUCUUCCAAAGUUGAAUUUCAAGCCCUUAAAUUAAUGCACUUUCUUUCCCCCCAAAUAUUUACCAGCUAUAGUUUCAGCCUCUGAAUUAAGUCUCUGAUUCUCUUUAAUCCUGACAGUCAAAAGUCUAUUUAAAAAGUGGGCCCAAGAUGCUAAAGAGUACACGUAGGGAGAUGAAGACCCAGUCCCUGAACCGUCUGCAAAUGUUAUACUGAACCUGGACUUGAAAAGAAUCACAGGAGCUGCUGGUUCAUGUCAAGAGUCAACCAACCCGUGAUGUGUCGCUGACCCUGACUCCCCCAGUCGACCUUUCCACCCGCCCAGAGGCUUUGCGUCUUCACCCCGUGGCCCGUUCUUGACGACUUCAGAAGGUAAACCACGCCUCUGCUCCUUUACGGGAGAAGAUGGACGGAGGGAUGACGGCGGAAGGAUACCCGUGUCAGCUUCCACGAGCUCGGCCCAGCGCACUCGGAAGCAUUUUCUCAUGAGUCUUCUCGGCCACCGGCCCCGUACAGCGGAGGAAGCUGAGCCCCGGGGGCCUGUGGCUCCCGCCCGCCCGGCGUGCCCAGCUGCAGGAUGUGAAGCGGGAGAGAAGCGAAGCCCCGCCUCUGCGCGCGCCCGCUAGGAUGUUUCUCAUGAACGCGCCUCCUGUGCUGGCCCUGCGGUCCGCAUGGGAGACCUUCGGCCCGCCCGGGAGCUGUAGGUUUCCCAGAUGCUUCUCGGAGCCCAGAGAGGGCGUCUCGAGAGCAGCGGUGAGCGCCAAGGUGCAGAUGGCCAUCAGCAGGCUUCAGGGCGACGGGGCAGCCCUGGGCAUGAGCGGCGAGCAUGCCCGGCCGAGAAGCCAGAGGGCGGAGAGGGGCCGGGGCGCCCGACCGGCCGCCAGCCCCGCCUUUGCGGCCUGUGGUCUUGCCGCGGGUCUUGACCCCAAGGGGGAGGAGGAGGAGGCCUCCAGCCUCGGGCCCCUGGUGCCGGGUUCGGACAGCGACGACUCGGUGGACCGAGACAUCGAGGAAGCCAUCCAGGAGUACCUCAGGGCCAAGAGCGGGGCCGCCCCGCCGCCUGCAGCCGGGGACGGGGCCCGUCGGUGCAGACCGGAGCCACCUCUGAGCGGUGCCCCAGCCGCCCCGUGUCCCCCAAACCCUGCAGCUGGCCCCGACCAUAUCCGGGGCUCCGCCUCCCCGCUCAGCGUGAGCAGCGACGACUCCUUCGAACAGAGCAUCCAGGCGGAGAUCGAACAGUUCCUGAGCGAGAAAAGGCUACAGAAAGGUGACCUUCCUGCCGGCAGAAAGGCAGAGCCCGGCGACAGCGUGGCCAGAGCGACCUGCAGGCCUGGCAGAGAGCCGCCGCUGAAGGCACCGCAGCAGGGCCUGCUGGGAGCCGGCAAGGAGUUCAUCUUCCGGAAGCUGCCCAGGUCCGCGAAGGCCAGCACCCUGCCCAGAGGCCUCAGGUGCAAGGUCGCCGCCGAGCCUGCUGCUGCCGCCACCACGGGGCCCCCUGCAGAGGCCUCGCCGGGUAAAGCUGGGGUCCGCAGGGCCGUGGGCUCCGCACGGAAGGGCAGGCGGCCGAGGGGCGCAGCCCUGGUGCACGAGGAACCGGACUCGAGCAGCGACGACGGCAUCGAGGAGGCCAUCCGGCUGUACCAGCGGGAGCGGCGGCGGGAGGCCGCGGGCCAACAGGGGUCCCCGCCCGCGGAGGAGAAGGGCCCCACGGCCCCUGCUCACGGCCUGAGGGGCGCCUGGCCCGAGGCCCACAGCAAAACCCCUGGCAAAAAGAAGCCAGCAGCCCCCAAGGCCACGGACCUCAGCCCGGGCGGCCCAGACCCCAACCAUCCGCCCAGGCCCCACAGGGAAACCACGGCUCCUGCGCCUCCGGGGAGCGCGGCUGCUGGGACCCCGGGCGUGGACAGGUCCCCACACCAGGCAGACACGUCUGCCGAGCUGAUGUGUGCCGAGGCCAUCCUGGACAUCUCCAAGACCAUCCUGCCGGCCCCCGUGGACGGUGGGGAAAGGCCCCCACCCACCAGUCCGCUGCGCGAGGGCCCCGACAGGCCUCCCCACCCCGACGGUGACAGCAGCGCAGUGGACAGCGACGACAGCAUCGAGCGGGAGAUCCGGACAUUCCUGGCCCUGAAGGCGCAGUCGGGGGGCCCGCUGCCCCGCAUGGAGACCUGCGCCCGGCCCGCCGACAGCCCGCCCCUGCCACCCAGCCUCAGCACCCCGGCCUCCAGCACCCCAGACCCGUCCCCCGGCUGCAGAAGGAGGCGCGGCAGGAUGCCCUGCAUGCCCAGGCAGCCCAGAGACACGGCCGAGACGCAGGACGCCCAGGACGCCGAGCGCGGCCAGGGCCGAAUGCAGCCUGGCCAGGGGCGAGCCCCUGAGGCCCCCAGAAAGGAGGGCGAGAGCCGCAGCCAGCCUCCCCCCUUCAAGACGGGCGGGCCGGGCGACAAGCUCGUCGCCCCGGACCGGCCGGGAGCUGCACCGCCAGGCCCUGGGCAGACGGCCGAGGGGAGGCGCGGGGACGCGAGCUCCGAGGAGAAAAGCAGCUCGCUGGACAGCGACGCGGACCUGGACUCGGCCAUCAAGGACCUGCUGCGCUCCAAGCGGCGGCUCCGGAAGAGGUGCAGGGACGCCCGGGCUGGCUGCAAGAAGAGGGUCCGCUUCAGCACCACGGAGACGCAGUUCCUGGACAAGCUGGGGGGCUUCCAGAAGGACUGGAGAGACCGGAGCCCCCACCUGCUGAAAAGCUGUCUCUGCAAGUCCAGCAGGGAGACCCCAGGGAGACCCUCGCGCGUCCCCUCCCGGGAAACAGCAGGGGCGAAGGCAGACGGCUCGGGGCUGGAGGACACACCCUCAGGCCCCUCUGCCCCCUGGCCCCGGGGCAGGGCCGCGGCCGGGGGUCUGUUCUCCAGGGAGUCAGAAGCCCGCGAGCCUCCCCGUCCCGCCGAAAGCCCCAGCUCCCUGUCUGAUGAUAGCAGCUCUGUAGACAGUGACGACAGCAUCGAGCUGGAGAUCAGGAAGUUUUUAGCUGAAAAGGCCAAGGAGUCUGUGAGCGGAUCAGAAAUUCCAGGAGGGGGCCUGGCCGUCCUGGGAACUGUGAGUGGGGCCAGGCCAGAGCUCCAGGGCCGGAAAGCACAGCCCCUGGGCCCAGCUGCCCAGCCAGGCGUGUGCACGCGGAGCCAGAGGGUCAGAGGGGGCCUGCAGCCAGGGUCCGAGGGACCCCGGGGGCUGGGAAGAGCCCUCACUCCAGGCGGUGGGGGCAGCCCGCACCCCGAGCAGCCCUGCCCCCCGGCCACCCUGGCCUGGUGUGAGCUGGCGCCACCCAGGAGCACCAGCAGGGCUGCGCCUGCCAGAGGGGCGCCGGCCCCCAGGAGGAACAUCUGUGCCCCCAGAGACUCAGGCCCCAGGGGGCCCGAGGGGGUCGCGGGGGAGGGCACGUUCGGCCAGCUCCCGAGCCACGCGGAGGCUGGCGCCUGGGCAGAGGGCCAUGGCUCGCUGGCACGGACCCCGGGCUCCGAGCGGGACGGGGCGCCCCGGGCCGGCCUCGCCCCCCAGAGCCAGCCGCAGAGCACCUGGGUGCUGGGCCCGGGAGGCAGGGACGCGGCCACGUGGAGAGGGGGCCUUGGCGGCCAGAGGGAGAAGGGGCCGGGGAGCCAGGCCAGGGGCUCACCCAGCCUCGCCGUGGACCCCCAGAGGGGCCUGCCCUUCAACGGCUUCUCGCCGCUGCUCUCCACGCAGCUGUUCCAUUUCGGGAAGUGCGUGCCCUGGGGCACCAAGCAGGCCGGCCUCUUCAGCCCCGGCCUGGGUCUGCCCCUGCAGGGCCCGUCCUUCUCAGCCUUCCGGGAGGCCCAGGCCGCCCGCGGCCCAGUGUUCGGAAGCCCGCGCCUGCUGGUGAAGGAGAGCAGCCGCUGGCCUUGCAGGAAGCCCCGGGCAGGGCUCGGCCUGUCCGACAGGAGGGGCUCGGGGCCGGAAGAGGGCAUCCUGGACCUGCGCUUCGGGCGCAGAGGGCUGGACAGAGACGAGGAGGAGCCGGAGGCCUUGGGCAGCGAUGCCAGCGAGCUCAGCGACAUGUCUGUGGAGGAGGGCAGCGGGCCCGCGGCCCAGGGCCCGGCACUGCAGCUGCCCAACGGGGUCCUCGAGCGGAAGAGCGUUUCAAAGCACAAAGGCCGGCGGGCAUACCAGCCGCCCAGGGCGCACGCCGAGAACCCCGGUGAGGUCGCCGGCCAGCCGUUCACACCUGGAGCCUCUGUGUGUGUCUGCCUGAUGAUGCCACGCACAGCCGGGACGAGCCUGGGGCCCUGCGCCUUCCGCGUCACAGCUGCCGUGGGGCCCGCGGCCAAGCGUGGGUGUUCACACGUGUUUGUCCAGCGAGCCUGUGGGGGACGCAGGGCCACUCCCUGCUCUGCGGGGAUCCCGCCUGUCACGGAGCAACUAAGCCCGGGCUCCACGGCUGCUGAGCCUGAGCCGUGGAGCCCCGGAACUGCAGCGACAAGCCCGAGGGCCCCGGAGCUGGUGCUCAGCAACAAGCACGCACGGCAAGGAGGGAGCAGCCGCCGCUCGCAGCAACGGGAGCAAAGCCUGCACGGCAACGAAGGCCCCGCACAGCCAGAAGGAAAAGACUUAAAAGGUGGGGGCCUACAGAGAAGUCCGACCCCAAGGACCCCUCUCGCUUCCCAGUGA